AUAUCACAAGUUCCAUUAAAUCUUUGUGGAAUAGGGGUGUGAUAAAUACCAUGAAAUUUAUUUCACAGUUGCCAAUGCACGUAUCAAAUGGCAUCGAUGCAUUGUUAUCUCAACCAGCUAUAAAAGAUGCCCUUACAAAUAUUCAGUCAUCUAGUGCAAAACCGACAAAGACUGGGUCUCAAUGAUUCGACAUCGCAGAUCUAUGUUAAACCAUAUGAUAGAUACUGCCACAUCACGAUAAUCCACGCUAAGUAUGGAAUAAAUUCCCUCGAAAUGUCCGUAACGGUGAAUCUAAUUCGCAAUCCGUACCCCGUUCCGGAUUUAUCACGCGAAGGAGUCUGGCUGGCAAAGGGUCCUGUACUUGGGAAGAACGUUUCUCCAACCGACAGGAGGUGGUACUCCAGAUUGAGUGCACAUGAACGUCUUUUUGCCCACCAUACAUUGAACAGCGCCCGCAAGGAUUAUCGAUUUUAUAGACCAAAGGCUCCCCACGACGCUCUAGAUCUGGCUUUGUCAUCUACGUACGUCCACAAUGAUGACACCUUUGUGCCCAAAAUGUACGUUCACAUACAACCGGAGACAAUGGGAAAAGAGACAUGGCGCGUUCUUCGCAACCAAAUUAAGACUUUCACGAAGCCACCGCCACCAUUAGGACACUCAAUUAGGUACGGAGGUCCCCGGCGUUUCGAAGGUGACAAGAAAGAUGACAAAAGGUGGGCCGAGGAUCCAUCCGACUGGAGAAGAAAGUACAGCUCGGAAAGAAUCCACCCGAGUAGCAUAAAGCUCGCCAUAGAAGGACCACACACGGACCAAACCAAUCCAGGAUUUAGCAGGAAAAUUGACGGAACUUUCUACUGCAUCUAAUUGUACACAACACUGACCCAACCGCACGAUAAACUCGUUCUGAGGAACCUAAUAAGAGACUUAGACAGAAAAAGUCAACAAAAGUGAUUCUAGAAAUAGUCCCAUUUACCUGGACAAGUCUUAGGAAAAAAAAAAAUUAAUUUCCAUCCAUUCCACUCAAUUUCAUAGGAGCACACAUUGCAUCGCGAUCGUGCCGGUUGCCGAAGAGCGAAGCUUUCUCGUAUUUAAAGAGCCUAAAGAGGGUGAAGGUUAAGACCAUAGGCUUUGGUUAAGCCUCGCAUCGCCAAAGAGCGAGCAACCGAGCACCCAUUUUGUCCGUCUAUACCGGUCAUUUGCCAGCAAUCCGUCAAAGACCUUGUAAACAAAAGUUAAGAAAACACCCGCAAACACCUUGCACCCUACUCCACAGCACUCAGAGUGAAUUUAACGUUA